AUGGUAACGAUAUAUAUAGAAUCUCUGGAAACUCUCAAGCGUGGAUCCGACGAUGUCCAUGGACUCCUCUCACUCUACGAGGCUUCAUACCUUGCGUUCAGAGGCGAGGAAACACUGGAUGAGGCAAGAACAUUUUCGAAGAAAGCUCUCAUAAAGCUCUUGCCAUCCAUGGAUUACCACUUACGGCGCGGUGUAGUUCGUUCUUUGGACCUUCCGUUGCACCGGAGGUCUCCUAGACUAGAGGCAAGAUGGUUCAUAGAUCACUAUGCUAAAGAUGAGAGCAAUUCCGACCCAUUGCUCAUUAGAUUUGCAACAACGGACUUCAACAAUGUGCAAAGUUUGCAUCAGGAAGAACUCGCAAGACUGGCAAGGUGGUGGAAGGGGACCGCCCUUAGUGAAAAAUUAGGGUUCGCCAGGGAUCGUCUCAUGGAGUGCUUCCAUUACGCAAAUGGAAUUGUGUGGGAGCCAAAGAAUGGAGCAUGUCGAGAAGUGCUUGCUAAAGUCGCCAAUCUAAUAGUUCACUUAGAUGAUGUUUAUGAUGUGUAUGGAACUAUAGAUGAACUUGUUCUCUUCACCGACGCCAUUGGAAGGUGGGAAGAAAGUCCUAGUGAAAGACUCCCCGAAUACAUGCAAGCACUCUAUUCCGUGAUGUACAACACAUCCGCUGAGGUGGCUGAAAAUGUGUUGGAACAACAUGGUUGCGAUGCUCAUCAUGUUCUUCAGAAAGCAUGGCGAGAUACGGCGGAGUCUUUCUUGGUGGAGGCAAAGUGGCGCCAUGGAAACCACAGACCAACAUUGCAUGAGUAUCUGGACAACGGAUCAAUUUCAUCCUCUGCUCCACUGUUGCUGCAACAUGCCUUUCCCCUGCUCCACAUGGAAGAAAAGAUUACCCCAAUGUCUCUUGCUAAAGUUGGAAGCUACCCUAAAUUAGUUGAGUCUGGGCCAUUAGUUCUUCGGCUCUGCAACGACUCUGCAACCCACUCUGCCGAGCUGGAGCGAGGGGAUGCACCAUCAUCAAUAGCUAUUCACAUGUCGGAGAACAGCUCCAGUGAGCAAGAGUCGCGCGAAGCCAUGGAAGACCUUACUAUGGAAGCCUGGAAGUCGAUCAACGAAGAUGCAUUCAAACACUGCCAAUUUUCUAGAUCUUUUGCCAAGACUUGCGUGAAUUUGGCUCGAAUCUCACAUUGUGUUUACCAAGGUGGGGAUGGUUUUGGUGUGCCGGAUGGUCAAAAGAGAAGGCAAAUCAGAGAGUUAUACUUGGACUCUUUCAUUAGUGAGAAGCAUUAA